AUGACGACCCGAAUAGCGCCUGGUGUCGGAGCAAACCUUCUAGGCCAACACUCAGCCGAGCGCAACCAGGACGCCACCGUUUACGUUGGCAAUCUCGACACCAGAGUAAGUGAAGAGUUAUUGUGGGAGCUGUUUGUGCAAGCAGGCCCUGUUGUCAAUGUGUAUGUUCCCAAGGACAGAGUCACAAAUGCUCAUCAAGGCUACGGCUUUGUGGAGUUCAGAAGUGAAGAAGAUGCUGAUUAUGCAAUUAAGGUUCUAAAUAUGAUUAAACUACAUGGGAAGGCAGUACGAGUGAAUAAGGCAUCUCAAGAUAAGAAAAGUGUUGAUGUGGGAGCCAACCUGUUCAUCGGGAACCUUGACCCUGAUGUUGAUGAAAAACUGCUGUAUGACACUUUCAGUGCUUUUGGAGUCAUUGUUUCAAAUCCAAAGAUAAUGAGAGAUCCAGAGACCGGGAAUUCCCGUGGUUUUGGCUUUAUUAGCUAUGAUUCUUUCGAGGCUUCUGAUGCAGCUAUAGAGGCAAUGAAUGGCCAGUAUCUUUGCAAUCGUCAGAUAACAGUGUCUUAUGCAUACAAGAAAGACACAAAGGGGGAGCGUCAUGGAACUCCUGCUGAAAGAGUUUUGGCUGCGAGUAAUCCAACUGGCCAGAGAAGUAGGCCCCAUACCUUGUUUGCAAGUGGACCUCCUAUGCUUCCUCCACAUCCCAAUGGUACCGUCAGUACUCCAGUGCCACCAAGGCCUUUUGCAAAUGGCAGUGUUCCUCCACUCCCCAUCCCUGCACUCCGUCCACCACCUCCACAACCUCCACAGGCUGGUGUUUACCCCCCUAUGCAGAUGACUGGACCACCAUCCUGGCAGGGUCAGCCUGGUCAGAUUGGCAUGGGUUUGCCACCAAUGCAGCAGUUCAGGAGCAUGCCUCCACCACCACCUCAACAAGUUGCUCCUGGUCUAGUUAGGCCACCACCACCUCCAUCUGGACUUGUUGCUCCACCUGUUUGGCGGCCACCACCACCUCAGCACCUAACUGGUGGACAACAUUCUAUGCCACAGAUGUCAAUGCCCCCACCACCACCACAAUGA